GCUAUUGAGCGUCGGAAGCACAAGCAGCAGUGUUGCGCUAACGAGCGAAUAAAGCGCAAGAGACGCGCACUACAAAUUACGCUCGAAAAAAACAACCAACACACAAUGAUAACCAUCAUGCUGAGCGAUAAGAUAAACCAGAAAUUAACAAAUUUAAAAUAAUACCUGAAAUUUUCAACUUUCUGGUGCUGUGUUUUGUGCGCGGACAGAUUUUUGUGAUUCUGUGUGCGGUCCGCAGGGUUUUAAUUAUGAAUCUUAGUUGGACAUUGUUUAUCUUCGUCAAUGCAGUGUUGAUAGGUAAAGAUUGCGCGAAAGGAUUACCGAAUCCUACUUUAAGUACUAGAAAAUGCGGUAAGGUGCACUUAACCGUCUCUUCACUGAAGGACACGUAUCUGGAAAUGAACUGGAUAUCAAAAUGCGACAAAGCACGUGAUAUUAAACCCGACUACAUCGGUCUCUUUGACUAUAACCCUCGUGAUAGAAACGAGGAAGCGCCACCCAAAGUCCUCAUCAAUGCCAAUUAUUACCCGGAAGGUUUCUAUCGUACCAAACUGCGAUUUGGUCAUCCAUGGUUACCAGGUAACUGGGAGUAUCAACCCAAUAUGUCUCUGGUGGACACUGGCCGGAAGUGCUUCCCGUAUUGGAUCGCCGCUUUCCGUGGUUCGGACAUCAUUGACACCAACUGCCUCAGCAUUAAUCCCACGUGGAUGAACGAUAUUAGGGAUCAAAUUAAAGAUCAACGAAUAGGUAAUCUAUUCAUACCAGGCACACAUAAUUCAGGAGCCUACUCAGGGAACUACAAGCUCUUCUUUGAGAACUACCUCAUUAAUCAAGAUCGGAGUGUUUGGACACAGUUGGUUUUUGGUAUUAGGUACAUUGAUCUACGAGUUGGAUACUAUCUAGAUGAAGGGUUUUUUAUAAAUCAUGAUCUUGUGAGAAUUGGUAAACUCAUACCUAUUCUACAAGAAAUCAGAAAAUUUAUGGAGUUAGCACCAAGAGAAGUUGUGGUUUUGGACUUUCACAGAUUCCCAUACCCAUCAAAACCCGAUGCAGAUAUACACCGCCGAUUGGUUAGUGUUAUUCAAAGAGAACUAGGACAUUUAGCACUACCACCCGGAGGAUUACAAGCAGGGAAAGGUCCAACCAUGAAUGAAAUAUGGCAUCAAAACAAAACGCUUAUAAUCUGCUAUGGCCAGAGAGAAAUCGCCCGAGAAUAUUCAUGGCUCUGGAAUCCCUUACAACAACACUGGGGAGAUAAAUCCAAUGUUGGUGACUUGAAAGCAUUUGUUUCGUCAUCGAUAAAAAGUCACAAUACAAUAUUCAACCCAAUGUGGGCAAUCAUGGCUGAACUAACACCAAAACCGCUUGAUAUUAUCUUCCGCACAAACAGUCUCCGCAAAAUGGCGGAUGAUGUCAACAGAUACCUGACCACGUGGUUCCGAGAAGAUUGGUUGAAAGAUGUGAACAUUGUAGCAACUGACUUCUUUCUAGGAAAUGAUUUGAUAAACGUCGCGAUUGAAGCAAACAAGUUGAGAUGAUACCGCAGUGAAUGAAAAGUGAAACGCAACCGAGUUCAACACACAUUACUUAUGUAUUAUAAAAUCAGUUCUUUAAUUAUAUACACAACCAAAAAUUCCAUUCAUAA